UUCCUCCACCUCCUGCAGCUGUAGGUUCUGCAGCAGCUCCUCCAGCAGCUCCUGCUGCAGCUCUUGCAGCUCGUCCUGCAGCUCCUGCCCCUGCCCCCGUCGCCCACCAUGAGUGGCCCUGGCCUCCGCUGAUCUCCGGGUCCGGGGGUCCGGGUCCGGGUGGUCAGCGUCAGGACGGAGCGGCCGGCGUUGGGACCCCCGGACCCCCGGAGGGGCAGGCGGCGGGGGCGGCGGCCAGGGGGUCCCGGGGGUCCCGGGGGUCCCAUGGAGCCCGGGGAGGUGAAGGACCGCAUCCUGGAGAACAUCUCUCUGUCCGUCAAGAAGUUGCAGAGUUACUUCGCGGCCUGUGAGGAUGAGACCCCGGCCAUUCGCAACCACGACAAGGUCCUUCAGCGCCUCUGCGAACACCUGGACCACGCUCUGUUGUAUGGGCUACAGGAUCUCUCUUCGGGCUACUGGGUAUUGGUGGUGCAUUUCACUCGGAGAGAAGCCAUUCGACAGAUAGAAGUGCUUCAGCACGUGGCAACCAACCUGGGACGCAGUCGGGCCUGGCUUUACCUCGCUCUCAAUGAGAACUCCCUGGAGAGUUACCUGAGGUUGUUCCAGGAAAACUCGACUUUGCUGCAUAAAUACUAUGUCAAGAAUGCCCUCGUCUGCAGCCAUGAUCACCUGACUCUCUUCCUGACUCUGGUAUCCGGGCUGGAGUUCAUUCGGUUUGACUUGGAUCUGGAUGCACCUUAUUUAGAUUUGGCCCCCUACAUGCCCGACUACUACAAACCUCAGUACCUGCUGGAUUUCGAAGACCGCCUGCCCAGCUCAGUCCAUGGCUCGGACAGCUUGUCUCUCAACUCCUUCAACUCUGUCACCUCCACGAACCUGGAGUGGGAUGACAGUGCCAUCGCCCCAUCCAGCGAAGAUUAUGAUUUUGGAGAUGUGUUUCCAGCAGUGCCGUCUGUACCCAGCACAGACUGGGAAGAUGGAGACCUCACGGACACCAUCAGCUGCCCCCACUCCACCGCCUCCGAUUUGACCAGCAGCAAAGCUUCCAUGAAGAGCCCCACUCAGCGCUACAACCCUUUCAACGAGGACCGAGCAGAGACCGUGUCCUCCUCCGAUACCACUCCCGUGCACGCCACUUCCCAGGAGAAGGAAGAGGCCACAGGGCCGGAGCCUUCAGAAACCUGCACAGAGCUUGAAGUCAUCAGGGUCACCAAGAAGAAGAAAACAGGCAAGAAGAAAAAGGCCAAAUCCGAAGAGGAGCCAAAUGCCCUUCACCCCCGCUCUACCCACCAGCCUGGUUCCCAUCAUGGGGACGGGGACAGCAGUGCCAACGAGGCAGGGCUCGGGGCCGACCCGCCAGACCCCAGGCCUUCCUCGCCCCAGAAUGGGGGCGAGGGUCAGGGGGGCACGGCCGAGAGCAGCGAGCGCUCGGAGCUGAGCCAGAUAGGCCUGCGGAUCCCCGAGAUGAAGGACACGUCCAUGGAGAGCGUGGGACAGCCACUGAGCAAAGUGAUAGACCAGCUGAAUGGGCAGCUGGAUCCCAGGGGCUGGCAACCCCCCGUCGAGCCCCCGGACCAGUCCUUUCGGACCCGCUCUCCAGGGGAGACCCCGGAGGGACCACCGCUUUGUGACUUUAGUGAGGGGAUUCCGGCCCCGAUGGACUUCUACCGCUUUACCGUCGAGAGUCCAAACGCUGCUACAGCAGGUGGUGGCGACCAUGACCCUGCAGGGCCUGGCCAACCGCUACAUGUUUCUGGUGGCCCUGAGGCUGCUGGCCAAGAAGAGGGAGGAGGAAGAGGAAAGGGAGGAGGAGGAGAAGGACAAGCACCUGGGCCUGUAGAGGCCUUGCCACCAGGGUCUGAGAAUCAGGAGGUCCAAGCCAAGCUGGAGCUGGCCACCGUGAGCCGAGCCGACGAGUCCGAAGCGGGGACUGGGGAGGCCGUCUGCCGACUCAAGAGGGACCAGCCCAGCCCUUGCCUGAGCAGUGCUGAGGACUCCGGAGUGGAUGAGGGGCAAGGGAGCCCCUCUGAAAUGAUCCACCCCUCGGAGUUCAGGGUGGACAACAAUCACUUGCUCCUGCUGAUGAUCCACGUGUUCCGAGAGAACGAGGAGCAGCUAUUCCGGAUGAUCCGGAUGAGCACAGGACACAUGGAAGGGAACCUCCAGCUGCUUUACGUGCUGCUGACCGACUGCUACGUCUAUCUGCUCCGGAAAGGAGCCACAGAGAAGCCAUACAUGGUAGAAGAGGCCGUGUCCUACAACGAACUUGACUAUGUCUCGGUUGGCCUGGACCAGCAGACAAUCACCCUGGUUUGUACCAACCGGAGAAAACAGUUUCUGCUCGACACUGCUGACGUGGCCCUCGCAGAGUUUUUCUUGGUCUCUCUGAAGUCGGCCAUGAUUAAAGGCUGCCGCGAACCACCCUACCCCAGCAUCCUGACUGAUGCCACCAUGGAGAAACUCGCUCUGGCCAAGUUUGUGGCACAGGAAUCUAAAUGUGAGGCACCAGCCGUCACCGUGCGGUUCUACGGCCUUGUACACUGGGAGGACCCGUUGGACGAGGCUCUGGGCCCCGUCCCCUGCCACUACUCAUCCAUCGAGAACUCCGUCACCAAAGAAGGGAUCCUGCACUACAAGGCCGGCACCUCAUACCUGGGCAAGGAGCACUGGAAGACCUGCUUCGUGGUGCUCAGCAACGGGAUCCUGUAUCAGUACCCAGAUCGCACCGAUGUCAUCCCUCUGCUCUCCAUUAACAUGGGGGGGGAGCAGUGUGGCGGCUGCCGGAGAUCCAACAGUACCGACCGACCGCACGCCUUCCAGGUGAUCCUCACCGACCGGCCAUCCCUGGAGCUGAGUGCCGACAACGAGGCCGAGAUGGCUGACUGGAUGCAGUACUUCUGCCAGGCCGUCUCCAAAGGGCAGGUGAUCCCCCAGGGCCUGGCCCCCAGCCCCUGCAUCCCCUGCUGCCUGGUGAUCACGGACGACAGGCUGUUUACGUGCCACGAGGACUGCCAGACCAGCUUCUUCCGCUCCCUGGGGACCAUGGAGCUGGCUGACAUCGCGGGCGUAGCCACCGAGCCUGGCAAGGAGUACUGCAUCGUGGAGUUUGCCCAGGACCGCAAGCAGUUCCUCCCUCCUUGGGUCAUCUAUCUGAGUUGCACCACGGAACUGGACCGGCUCCUCUCAGCCCUGAGUGCUGGGUGGAAAGCCCUCUACCAGGUGGACCUCCCGCACAAGGCAGUCCAGGAGGCCUCUUGCAAGAAGAAGUGCGAGGACGCCCUGAGCCUCAUCCACAGCGCCUGGCAGCGCAGCGACAGCCUGUGCCGCGGCCGGGCCUCUCGGGACCCCUGGUGCUGAGGCCGAACCCGGACCGGCCUGGAGGGAGCGUGGAGGGAGCCGGGCCCGCCGCCGCACCAAGCACAAAGUCGGCACUGCCUCCCGAUGCUGCCAUUCCCAGGGAACAGGUCCCCGGGCUCCUGCCCGCCGCCCCCCCUCCGACAGGGCGGACCAGCUCCCGGCCCUCCGUUUGCCGGAGUAGACGGGGCCAGCGGUACCCGGCAUUCGCUCCUUUCAGGGAGAGGACUGGGCCCUGGCCGUGAGCAUGGGCUCUAGGGGGCCCAGAUCCCAGCACCCCCUUCCCUCCCUGGGGCACUUUGGCACCGGGGAAAUGGGAGAGAGCGGUCAUCAGUCACGAGGGGCGGGGGA